UUUUUGCAUUUGCGGUGUACAAAAAACAAACAGAGAAACAACCAAAAUAUUUUUUUGAGUCGUGUUUUAACCAAACAUCCAGAUUAGUGAGAAUAUCUUUGCUGAUGUUCGCAGACAUCCCGAGGGAUUAUUUUUGUAAUCCUUGGAAGAACCACCAGGGGGAGACAUAUUUCAGAGGACUACGAAGCAAAAAACAUUUUUACUCUUACAAUUUUAGCAUUGCUUCAAUUUCCAAAUACGUUUCCGAUCACAUUUGUGCUUCAAUCUGAUUUCACGACAAUACUUUUUGAUAUGUGACCGACCAAAAUCUUUUAAACGAAAUCCGCAAAAAAAAUCGUCAACUUCUAUGAGAUUUCUUAUUUCAUCCUCAAUUUCUUAUGUGGCCUUUGUCCUUCAUUCUUCUAUGUUCUAGACUUCUAACUUAGUGUAGUCUGUGUUUUAUUCUGCUUAUAGAAACCUUGAAACAACUUUACACGUAUGGAGGGAGUUUUCUAAAUCUAAAGCAGCUAAUCUGAUUGUCAACUUCAAGCAAGCUACAAGUCUUACUGAAAUUUUAGGGAUUCAAGAUGGAUUCCAAAACCCACUGAGGUAUUCGGCCUAUGAGGUAAAAGUAAAUAAAUAAAUAAAGCAAAACAGGAGCUUAUUUUUAACACCGCACAACUAAUUCUGACUGUUGCACUGCAACUCAAAAACAUUUUAUAUAUAUAUCAUUUAGGACCAGCUUCUCUAUUCUCAGUCUGCUCACCACCAUUAUAAUCAUCAGGCUAAGAGGUCCUAGUUGAAGUUGCUUCAAGUGUCCUUGCUCCUAGUCCUCAUUUACCUCUGUUUUGAAUAAGUCCACGCAGGACAAGUGUGCCUUUGCAUAGAGGUUUAGCUGCGACACAGGCAGAAAGCUACAAGGGCAAAUCUCGGGCGGGAGAGAGGGAAGGAGGGCGGAGCCACGCUGGAGCUCUUAACUCCAAAAGGCUUAUUCCCGCUCUCACUACCAAGGUGCCGGGCUCCGCGGUCCGCAGGAACAACCCCCAGCAGGCCAUGCACAGGUUCCGGACUCAGGCCAAGUGAUCGCCAUCGGCUGUAAGAUUCCUCCGCAAAAGGAAAAAAAAAAAAAAAAAAAAAAAAAACAUCUGGGGGAGGAAAAAAAAGAAGAUUAAAUCUCCAUCAGAGGACUUUGGAGAUUAUUAGGCCGCCUGUGUUUGGCAUCUGCGAGCUGCAGACUCGAUGCUGCGGAGGAAAAAUGACUUGUGACUCGGGCCUCUGAGGGAGCAAUCAUCCGUGUCCGAGCUUUUUUUUUUUUUUUUUUUUUUUUAAGUGUCGACCGGCACGGGCCGAAGCAUGCAGCACCCGCUGGACAUGGGUGCCCACUACUACCCGCCCGACGUCCAGCCGGACCACAGGACUCACCGCUACAGGAGUUUCAUGAUAGAGGAAAUUCUGACGGAUCACCCGGAGCACAAAACGUCAGCGCCGGCCGGAGAGCUGCUCAAGUUCGGGGUGCAGGCUCUUCUGUCCGCCCGGCCGUUUCACAGUCAGCUGGUGCUAAAAGCCGACCAGGCGAACCUCCUCAAGUUCCCCUUGUCCCCUCUGUCCUGCACGCUCGGCUCCCCGCUUCUGUCCGCCGCUCCGGGCCUGCAGGUCGGACCCGCCGGCCACCACCUGCCGCUUGACCUGCACCUGCGCGGGAAGCUGGAGCACGGAGCCGACGGCGGCGGGAAGAGCAAGAAGGGCCGCCGGAGUCGCACAGUGUUCACCGAGCUGCAGCUCAUGGGCCUGGAGAAGCGCUUCGAGAAGCAGAAAUACCUCUCCACCCCGGACAGGUGCGUCCAUUCCUGGGCUUUCACCCAAAGCCGAAUAGAUUUGGCCGAGUCUUUGGGCCUCAGUCAGCUGCAAGUGAAAACCUGGUACCAGAACAGGAGGAUGAAAUGGAAGAAAAUUGUUCUACAGGGAGGAGGGCUGGAGUCCCCCACCAAGCCAAAAGGCCGACCGAAGAAGAACUCCAUCCCCAGCAGUGAGCAGUUCUCUGAGCAGGAACGAUCUGCUGCCGACGCCGACCAUCAGUCCGAGGGGUCAAGCUCUCACUUGGAGAACACACAGGAAGAGUGAAGAAAUUCAGCUGGACUCGUGGAACCGCUGGGACGCUCAGCGCUCCUUUAGGAGAACCCUUCCAAGAGACCUGAUAUGCUCCAGGAAGGAGCCGUGUGUGUGUUUUUUUGUUUUUGUUUUUUUUCCGCAUUCCCUCAUGAUGAACUUGCUGCUGUUCAGGAAGGAACUCAAACCUUUGCAGUAGGUCUGUUUUCACCUUCUAAGGACCCACUUUUACUCAUCUGUUUUGCAUUCCUUUUUAUGUACCUGUGCUAUGUUUAAUUAUUAAAUA